AUGGUAAAUGCCUUUGCUGUGUUGUUCCUGACAUUUUCAAUGGUUUAUGCCCAAAUUGAUUUAUCUGGAGGAGACCCAUUAUUUGCUACUCCUAGUGUUUCACCAACUAUUCAACGAGUAGAAACAGCUAUAAAAGCACUUGACCAAAAAUUAAAACAAGUUGAAGAAGUUGAAAGAUUAGCAUUAAUCGCUUUGGAUAAUGAAUUUCGAAUUAAACCAAAAUUAGGAAGAAGUGUUAUGGAUCGUAUGGUUCAACAACAACGAAUAAAAGAAUUAAAAGAGAUGUGUAGAAGAGCUAAAGAAUUAGAGCCAAGAUUAUUACAAAAAAUGAGAGAGGUUUUACAAAUAUUACCAAAGAGAGAACGUUUUAGAUUAAUUAGAAGAAUUAAUCUUAGAUAUCGUUUCUCUUUGGGAACUGAACUUGAUACUGCUUAA